AUGGCGAAGCAGGCGGUGGCGAUGCUGGUGGCCCUGGCGCUGGUCGUGGUGGCGGCGGCGAGCGCCGGCGGGGCGUCGGCGCAGCAGUGCAACGCGUCCCAGCUGGCGGUGUGCGCGCCGGCGGUCAUCAUCGGGUCGGCGCCCUCGGCGCCGUGCUGCGCCAACCUGCGCGCGCAGCAGCCGUGCUUCUGCCAGUACGCGCGCAACCCGGUGUACAGCAGCUACAUCAACAGCCCCAACGCCCGCCGCACGCUCUCCUCCUGCGGCAUCUCCAUCCCGAGCUGCUAG